GAUUUUUACGUCAGUUCCUGUGUUUUUUUUCUAGAAUCCCUGCCUUGAUCGUUUGAUUUAAAAGUAGUUUAAAAAGAUUAUUUUUUUCCUUGUUGCUUUCACCGUGAACCCUGUAGGCCUGUAGUGAUUGCAAAUAUGUCGCACACAAUUUUGCUUGUCCAACCGACCAAGAGACCAGAGGGCCGCACGUAUGCAGACUACGAGUCAGUUAAUGAAUGCAUGGAAGGUGUUUGCAAAAUGUAUGAAGAGCAUCUGAAGAGGAUGAAUCCAAACUGUCCGUCCAUUACUUAUGACAUAAGUCAGCUGUUUGACUUCAUUGAUGACCUGGCAGAUCUGAGCUGUCUUGUGUACAGAGCUGACACACAGACAUACCAACCUUACAACAAAGACUGGAUUAAAGAAAAGAUAUAUGUCCUGUUGCGGCGUCAAGCUCAGCAAGCAGCAAAGUAAAUGCAUGUUUGCCAUAGUGACCCUCUACGUGCGCCUGAAAGGAUUUAAAACUGUGUGCAAGGGAAGAGUUUCUUAUUAAAUUGUUUAUACAUUAGAAAAUGUGGCAGGAUGAAAAUAACUGUGGCUUCUUUUUUUUUUUGGCCUGAAAUAUACAUUUUCU